AUGUCCACGCUCAGCGAAGAGCAAAAGAAGAAGAUCGAGGAGAAUCGUCGAUUGGCCAAGGAGAAGUUCGAACAACGACAACGAGAGGCCAAAUCGUUGAAGACAACCUUAAAACCAAGUACUUCGGAUGGACCGGCGGCCAAGAAGCCUUGUUUGCCGGCUGUGAAAGGUAAUUUUUUGUUAUCCAUGUUUUGAAGUUUAGGUAUGAACGAAAAUGGAUGCUGCUCAAAGGAUAAAGCAGAUAGAAUGCUUAAAUUUAUAUGAGAGUGAGAGAGGGUCUUUGGCUAUGUUUCUGUAAAAUUCUGUGCUUUUGGGUUAAGAGAAUGAAUAUCACUGGUCUUUAUUGUACUAGCUGUUAGUUCAAAUUUUUUAGUGUCAAAAACAACGUUAAUUUUUUGUCAAUGUGAAAAUGUAGGCCGUAGUUAGCCUCAGGAAGUUGUAAACUACAUAUUGGAUCGUUUUUGUAUUCACUUUUUGGCCAAAUUUCUCAUAAGGUAUAUUACACAUGGUAUCAAAAUCUAAAAUAUGAUAUGAUUCCGCAAUUGGUUCCUUGUUUAUUGUAAAAUACGUCCACUGCGGCUAUUAUGUAGCUUUUUCUUUCCAGCUGAAGCGAUAAAACAGCAAGAGAACAAGGUUCAAGUUAGUCCAAUAUCAGAUUAUGUCCCCAAGAUCAAGGUCUCAUUCGUACUUGCUUCUUGUCGUGAGGUCCAGGUAAAUUUUACAGCUAAUACUACAAGCCUUCUACUGUAUCUAUAUGAAUUUUCCAGUCCAGAUAUUUAUUUUCAGGCGACUUUCAAGCCGUUUCAUCAGAUUAUUGUAAAUAUUUUCAAAGCGGUUCCCACCACCAGAUAUAUCCGCGAAAAAGGCUGCUGGAUGCUUGAGAUUGGGUACUACGAUGAGCUCCUGGACAAACUACGAAAACUUACCGAGCUGAAGAUUGAAUUUGAUCUGAUUCCACUGCAUAUUCGACAGGUAAUCGAGGAUUUUCUUUUGGAUAACAUCAAUUUUUGAUGGUUAGGAAAAAAAGUUGAUUUUUUCGGUAAUUAUUGAAAUGUAUUGGCUGAAUUUGGAUAUAAUAUGAAGGUUUAUGUCAUUUUAGAUAUUUUACCACGAUUUCCGACGAUCUCAGCCACAGAAAAGUCAGCCAGAUCUGACGCGAAUUGAUGCUACAUUGCUUGAAAUUUUAUUCCCGUAUCAGCGAACUGGAGUGUUGUAAGUGAAAAUAAUUUAAUAUAGGGUAUAGUAGAGCAGUCUGAAAAGUUUCAAUUCAUUUUGAUUUCCUAAAAUGCCAUUUCGGACAUUAAUUUAUAUUACUUUAGGUAUGGAAUUGAAAAACAAGGUCGUCUUCUCAUAGCCGACGAAAUGGGAUUGGGAAAAACGCUCCAGGCAUUGGCUAUAGCACGGUAUUACGCGAGCGAAUGGCCUCUGUUGAUUGUAUGCCCGUCUUCGGUAAAGUAUUCGUGGCGACAGGCAAGUGUAAUAUAAAUUUUUUGGUUGAAAUGAAAGAAAAAUAUUUUGUAAAAUACGACGAGUGACACAAUAAGAUUUUUUCAGCAAAUUGAGAAGUUCCUUCCACGGGUAAACGAUAUUUAUGUCAUCGAAAAAGGCUCGGAUCCAUUGCCUACUACAAGGUCGACGAGAACUGUAAUUAUAAUGUCGUACGAUCAAAUGGCCCUGAAAUACAAACAACUGGUCGAGCAGAAAAUCUAUGUGGUCAUUUUUGAUGAGUCUCACAUGUUGAAGGUAAGCCAUGUUGACGAAAGUAUUUUAAAAUUUUUUGGUCCCGCAACGAAAACAUGAAAAAGAUUGAAAUGAGUUUUAAAUUGAAUAUUACAGCGGUAUAUUUCAUGUAAAGUCACUAGUAAUUGUAAAAUACGAGGUUUAUUUGCUCUCCGUCAUUUCUUUUUGAGUCCCACCACGAAAACUUGAAAUUCUUUGGCAUUGUGAUUUUUACUUUUCAAAUCGUAUUUUAUGACAAUCUAAGAACAUCUAGUGUCAUUAUACUAAAUCUUAAAUAUGUGGGCUUCAGAAAGUCCUGUUUUUUAAAUUCUUUCCCUGAUUUUGGCAUUAUGUUUCACCACUCAAAAUGCCUUAUUUCCAGGACCAAAAAGCAAAACGGACAAAAGCAGCCAUGGAACUGGCGAAAACCGCUCAGCGACGAAUACUUCUGAGUGGAACUCCAGCUCUGAGUCGACCGGUUGAACUGUUUUCACAGAUCAAAAUUGUCGAUAAUAAGUUGCUUCCCAAGUUCACAGACUUUGCCGAAAGAUAUUGCGAUGGAAAGCAAGGCCGUUUCGGAUAUGACGCCAAAGGAGCAACCAAUUUGGAGGAGCUGGGAGCACUUUUGGAGAAGGCAAUCAUGAUCAGGUAGGGAAAUGCCUAGUGUAAUAUAAAAAGAGAUGAAUUGCCGGCUUUUUUGAUGCCAAAAUUUGAUUUUAGAGAAUUUGGAGGCUUUUUGGCGGUGUUUGAAGUAGAUUUGACAAAUAUUUCGGAAUUUUUUAUAUUAACCAUGAUGGGAGAUUACAAAAAAAUUAAAGUUUUUGGAGUUUGGCAGAUGUAAAUUGAUGUAUCGUAGAUGUGGCAGGGCAUUUCCGGCUAUCUUUGGGUCUAAAAUGGUUGGAAAAUGUUAAAUUUUGUCUAGUGUAAUAUAAAUUUUUGAUGAGUAUUUGAAAAAAUUGGUUUUUCUAUAUUUUACGGAUUUUUAACGGCAAAAGAGAGGGUAGAAUACGAAUGAAGAAACCUUGUAAAAUUUUUUGACGAAAUCUGCGCAAAAAAAUUUAAAAUUUUGUCAUGUGUAAUAUAAUUUUUGUGUUAUUUUUCCAAAUAUUUGCCUUAUUUGGCGUUUUUAUGACCUAAAAUUGAUCGUAGAGGUACUGGAGGGUAAAAUACGGCUAUUCAUAAUGGCGUUUGUUCUAAAAUUUGGAAAAGAAAUAGUGACGGAUCUGAUCCAGUGGCAAAAAAAGUACCAUUUUGCAUCCGGGAGGUAUAAAAAAUGUAGCAAAGUGCCUCCCUCUCCAAGUAAAAAACUCCGUUUGAAAUUAUUCUUGUGAUCUUCUUCACAAAAAGAGCGGGCGCGCUUUUCACAACAAUUAAUCUCGCUUGCAGUCUUUUGUCUCACCACGAAAAUGAAAAGGGGUUGGCAUUCUGCAAAAUAAAAGAAUUUCCAAAGAAUAUUUUUUUUAUAAAAACGAUUUUCUCGCCUUCCAAGUCCCGUUUCCUAGCCAAAAGUUCGUUUAGACGUCGGCAAGUUGCCAAAUGACAUGGGUAUGAACCAUCAAAGUCUAAAUUAUUACAUAAAGACACUAUAAUUGAUAAAAUAUAUAAAUCUUCAUGACUUUGUUAUAUUUAUUUUUCCCAUUUGCAGAAUGCCAAAAAGUGCCAAAAAGCCGGGAACUGAUUUUUGUUAUGGGGAAAGAUUGAUGUAUAACUCCUCAGCCGAGUAGUAAAUGUGCCGCGAUUUUUUGCAUACUGUUUGAUAAGAAUGUGUCAAUGUUGACUUCCAAGUUUCAUGCGAUUUUUCGUUAUUAUAAGUCGGUUAGACCACGGGAAAGAUUGCAAUUGUUGAAUACUUAAGGUGGCUAUAUCCUGCAAACGGUAAAAACUGCAAAAAUUAUUUUAGGUGGUGCAGAUAGAGUUCUAUUCCCUCCUUCUUAUUUACUAUUCACCCAAUCACCCGAUGUCCUCAAAAGUGAGAGGCGAUAAUAUUUGUUGGACCGUGUUUUUGUAACGAAGUGUUCAAAAAUUUCAAUCAAUAAUUGAGAAGAUUAGCUAAAAAAGCGCUUUUCAAUUGGGAUUAAUUGUUGUGUUUGAAAUCGGAGUUUUUUCACUUGGAGAGGGAGGUAUUUUUCUACAUUUUUUGAUACUUCCCGGAUGCAAAAUGGUACUUUUUUUGCCCCUGGGUCAGGUCCGUCACUGUAUUUUUUUUUUCCAAAUUUUACGUGAAAACGCCGUUUAGGACAGUCGCAUUUUACCCUCCAAUACCUCUAUAAUCAAUUUUAGGUCAUAAAACACUCCAAAUAAGGCAAAUAUUUGGAAAAAUGGUACAAAAAUUAUAUUACACAUGACAAAAUUUUAAAAAUUUUUUUUCGCAGAUUUUUAUCUAAAAAUUUUUAUAAGGUAUCUUCAUUCGUAUUUUACCCUCUACUCCACUUUCUGAAAUCCGUAAGAUAUCGAAAACUCCAUUUUUUCAGAUAUUAAUCGAAAAUUUAUAUUAUACUAGACAAAGUUUGCAUUUUCUAACCAUGUCAUACUCGAAGAUACCCGGAAAUGCCUUGCCACAUCCAUGCGACAUCAAUUUAUAUCUGCCUGACUUCAAUAAUUUCAACUUUUUUGUGAUCUCCCAUCAUGGAUAAUAUAAAAAUUUCCGAAAUAUUUGUCAAAGCUGCUUCAGACACCGCCCAAAAGCAUCCAAGUUCUCUAAAAUCAAAUUUUGACAUCAAAAAGGCCGAGAAUUUCUUAUCUUUUUUUAUAUUACACUAGGCAUUUUCUUAGCUUGUUUUUUUUUUGAGAAAAUUUCUGUGAUUUAGCCCUAAAAUACGAGAAAUUUUGGUUAAAACUCCUGGAUUUUAGACGAUUGAAGAAGAACGUGCUCAACGAUCUCCCCGCCAAAUGCCGCCAGUGCCUGUGGGUAACAGGUUCGGCGAUCUCGAACAAAAUGAGUGGCCUCAAAAAAGCCAGAGAUGCCUGUGAAAGGGCCAACAAAACCAACGACAAAUCCCUCCAACAAUCAACCCUGAUGUCCUAUUAUGCCGAAACGGGCAUUGUGAAAGCUGCGGUGGUCGCGGAUUACAUUGCGGACACGUAUUUUUAUGCGGAUGCACCUCCAGUCAAAUUGCUCAUCUUCGCCCAUCAUCAGGUCGUUUUGGAGACUGUCUCGGCAACUUUUACGUCCAAAGUAGGUUUAAUAUUGAAGCAGUAAGGAUAUUAGAGAGUGAUGGAGAGAAUAAAGAGGGGUUUGAGUGGUUAUUCUGGGAGAUUUUGGCAAAAUAUGGUCAAUUUUACCUUAUCUUAGGCAGUUUUUGAUGAUUUUUGCUAGAAAUUUGAUUAUUUAUAAGGAAAACAGGUCUUGAAUUAACAAAUUAGAGCUGUUUUAGGAUAAUAAAGACUUUAAUGAAGAGAUUAGCACAAAAUUUUGUUAAAAUUCUAUCAAUUUUACCUUAUUGUAGGCAAUUUUUGAUGAUUUUUGCUAAAAAUUUGAUUAUUUUUGAUGAACUUUGGGGUUGAAUUGAUGAAAUAAAGAUUGUUGAGGAUAAUAAAGACUAUAAUGAAGAGAUUAGCACAAAAUUUUGGUAAAAUUCUGUCAAUUUUACCUUAUUUUAGGCAGUUUUUGAUGACUUUUCCCCCAAAUUUUGGUGGUACUUGCUGUAAAUAAGCUGGAAUUGGUGGGAUAACAAGCCUUUUGGUCUUAUAUUUUGAUAUCUAAAUGUGUUUUCAGAAAGUCCGCUACAUCCGAAUCGACGGCGGCACAAAAUCCACGGAUCGAGAGGUUUUGUGCAAAAAAUUCCAGGAAGACCCCGAAACUUCGGCUGCCGUCUUGUCCAUAACCGCCGCUGGGGUGGGAAUUACUCUUACAGCAGCGAAUAAAGUCCUUUUCGCGGAGUUACAUUGGAAUCCAGGAGUGAGUUUUGAUUUUUAGAGGAAAAUUUGCAGUUUUGGAAAUUUUUUUGAGGUUUGGUGAGUUUCUGAUAAGUUUGCGGAGGUUUUAAGAGUCAAAAAGCCGGGAUAAGGGCUUACAAAGAGUUUUUCUUGAAUUCAGACUCGAUUUUUAUAUUAUACUAGAUAAAAAAUUUAGUGGAAAUUUCAGAUUUUUGGAAAUUUUUUGAGAUUUUGAUAAGUUUCUGGAGGUUUUUAGAGUCAAGAAGACGAGUUAAGGGCUAAAAAAGAAUUUUUCUUGAAUUCAGGAUGUAUUUUUAUAUUAUUCUAGGUAUUUUAACAAAAAAAAAUUCGAGGCAAAUUCGGAUUUUUUUAGUUUUUUAUACGUUUCUGGAGGUUUUGAGAGUCAAGGAGACGAGUUAAGGGCUUAAAAAGAAUUUUUCUUGAAUUCAGGAUGGAUUUUUAUAUCAUACUAGGUAAAUGUUUGAUCAAAGAUUGAAAAAAAGUUUUAGUACAAUAUAAUUUUUGAUCAUUUUAGUUCGAAAAUAAUUGUGAAGACGUAUUUUACCUACAGAUUAAUCGCAAAAAUUAUUUUAGGCCCUAAUACAAGCCGAGGAUCGCGCCCACCGCGUCGGCCAAAAGGACUCGGUUUUCGUCCAAUAUAUCUUGGCCAGAAACACUGCCGACGAAAUGAUCUGGCCCCUAAUUGAAGCGAAAUUGAACAUCCUACAUGGUGUAAACCUGAACCAGGAAACAUUCGGAGGAAUGAAGAGCUCCAAAGUUUUUGUGGACAAACAAAAAACAAGAAUCAGUGAGUACUACUCUCCGGAAGGCAAAAAAGAUGAAAGUAAAGAUGAAUCGGACGAACUGGACGCAUCAAUCAUCCUCUUAGACGACUAA